CUAAAGAAAGCUAGUUAACAAGAAACCAUGACAUUUUUCCGUUUGUUGAUCCUAACACUAUUACUUCCUUUCCUAUACUCCACUUUUGUUUCAAGCUAUUCUUUGAAUGAUGUUAAACUUUGGUGCAGCCAAACCCCAAACCCUCAACCAUGUGAGUAUUUCUUGACCAAUAACCCCACUCAACAAUUCAAACCCAUCAACCAUAAAUCUGAUUUCCUCAAACUUUCAUUGCUACUUGCUCAAGAGAGAGCACUGAAAGGCCAUGCAAACACUCUAUCACUUGGCUCAAAAUGUCGUAACCCUCGUGAAACAGCUGCAUGGGCUGAUUGUGUUGAGCUUUACGAACAAACCAUCCAUAAACUCAACAAAACCCUAGACCCUAACACCAAGUGCUCCCAAGUUGAUACCCAAACAUGGCUCAGCACAGCUCUCACCAACCUUGAGACAUGCAAAGCUGGGUUCUAUGAGCUUGGGGUUCAAGACUAUGUGCUACCUCUUAUGUCCAACAAUGUUACUAAGUUGUUGAGCAACACCUUGGCACUUAACAAAGUUGAGUAUCAAGAACCAAGUUACAAAGAUGGGUUCCCAACAUGGGUGAAGCCAGGUGAUAGAAAGUUGUUGCAAGCUUCUUCUCCAGCUUCUAGGGCUAAUGUAGUGGUGGCAAAAGAUGGGUCUGGAAAGUACACAACGGUGAGUGCAGCCAUAACUGCAGCACCAAAGAGUAGCAGUGGAAGGUAUGUGAUAUAUGUGAAGGCUGGUGUAUACAAUGAACAAGUUGAGAUAAAUGCAAAUAACAUAAUGUUGGUUGGAGAUGGUAUUGGAAAGACCAUAAUCACAGGUAGCAAAAGCGUUGGAGGAGGCACCACAACCUUCCGUUCAGCCACUGUUGCUGUUGUUGGAGAUGGGUUUAUAGCACAAGACAUCACAUUUAGAAACACUGCUGGUGCAGCAAACCAUCAAGCCGUUGCAUUGCGUUCAGGAUCAGACUUAUCAGUGUUUUAUAGAUGUAGCUUUGAAGGUUACCAAGACACACUUUAUGUGUAUUCGGAUAGACAAUUCUACAGAGAAUGUGACAUAUAUGGCACUGUUGACUUCAUCUUUGGCAAUGCUGCUGUGGUGUUCCAAAGUUGUAACCUAUAUGCAAGGAACCCUCCAAACAAAGUUAACACAAUCACUGCUCAAGGAAGAACCGAUCCAAACCAGAACACUGGCAUUUCCAUUCACAAUUCAAAGGUUACUGCAGCCUCUGACUUGAAGGGAGUUGAGAGCUCAGUGAAGACGUACCUUGGAAGGCCAUGGCAAGAAUAUUCUAGAACAGUUUUCAUGAAGACUUAUCUCGAUAGUUUGAUUGAUCCAGCGGGUUGGAUGGAAUGGAGUGGUAACUUUGCAUUAAACACAUUGUACUAUGGAGAAUACAUGAACACAGGAGCAGGUUCCUCAACUUCAAACCGAGUUAAAUGGUCAGGUUAUCAUGUCAUUACAAGUGCUUCUGAAGCCUCAAAAUUCACCGUUGCAAAUUUCAUUGCUGGAAACUCCUGGUUGCCCUCCACUGGCGUGCCUUUCACCUCAACUCUUUAAAUUUUAUUAUUUCUUGUCUCUUGAUUAAUUACUUUUAUUUCCUUUAUUGUGUAUUUUUUAAUUUUUAUUUUCCCAAUCUUGUACUAGCUAAUACAUUUGCAAAACAUAUUUUUAGUUUUAGAUAAAUAAAUAUCUUUUAGUUGGAUUGAUUUCAUUUUUUGUUAGGAUGUAUC